AUGGCUAUCCUGCGCUUCCUCCGCUCCGUCAUCUUAGGCCUCUCCUUGACGGCAGUCAGUGCCGUUACUGUCAACGAAACAUCGACCUCGUUCAGUUUUGCGAAUGAUCGAAUUACAUUCAACGUCGUCAAGAGCAAUGGUUACAUUCGGAACCUCCUCUUUGACGGCAUCUCCGUACUCGGAACUCUUUCCGGGAACGCAGGACAGCUUUACUCGGACUUCCCGUCAAACGUAUUCGCACUUACGGCUAGCCCGACCACGGAGAUUGUCCAAGGGCAGGACUACGCGGGGAUCGUCGUCACGGACAACGACACCUCCACAGGAUCCCUAGUACAACGCUCAUGGUUCCUCCGCGACGGAGAAACUGGCCUCCAUUCGUUCAUCCGACUGGCAUACCACAACGCCACUGGCCCUUCGAAAGGUCAGUUGGGCGAAGUGAGGACGAUGUUCCGGCCGCACGGCGGCCCUUGGACGACGCUCGUCACGAACAAGGAGCAAUGGGCUCCCAUACCUGGAGCACAGGCUUUCGCCGAAGAAGUGCAGGUUCAGGAUGCCACGUGGUACCUGGGGCUCACACCGGACGAUCCAUACGUCCAACAGGAGUCUGACUACUUCACCAAAUACUCCUUUGCCGACAACCAGACUAACAAGGCCCAUGGUCUAUACGGUCAAGAUACGAACGGCACACCCAUUGGUGCUUGGUGGGUGGUCAACCAGAAGGAUACGUUCUUCGGAGGUCCUUUCCACGACGAUUUGAUGGUGGACGGCAUCAUUUACAACAAGCAGUCUACAAGCCACGGCGGUGCAACCUCUCCAAAUAUCACAAAUGGCUUUGACAGAACCUUCGGUCCUCAGUUCCUGUACCUGAACCGAGGGGAGAAUCAGACAUUGCAAGACCUCUUAGCGGACGCAGAGCAAUACGCCAACCCGGCUUGGAAUGCGCAGUUUUAUGACGAGAUUGCGCCACACGUGGUAGGCUACGUACCCACCUCCCAACGUGGCUCACUCUCCGCCUUUUUGAAUGUCCCGCAUGGAGCAAAGAAUGUCAUAGCCAUCCUGAGUGCCAACGGCGUGCACUUCCAGGACAGCGCAGUGGUGUAUGGCGCGUAUCAAUACUGGGUUACCGACGUUCAGAAUGGCGUCGUGAACAUAGAUCGUGUGAAGGCUGGGACCUAUCGCCUUACGGUCGUGGCAAGUGGUAUCUUCGGGGACUACGUCCAAGACAACAUCGUCGUCAAUCCCGGCAGAACCACUCAUGUGAAGGCGACAUGGAUCCCCGAGUCUGCUGGAACUGAGCUGUGGCGAAUUGGGGUGCCUGACAAGAGCUCGGGGGAGUUUAGGAACGGCUUUGAACGGGACUUGACGCGCCCCAGGCAGCCAGAGAAGUACAGGAUCUAUUGGGGCGCGUGGGACUUCCCGACCGAGUUCCCGGGAGGGGUCAACUACACUGUUGGUAAGAGUGUCGACAGCAAGGACUGGAAUUACAUUCACUGGUCGCAGUAUGGUCCAACCUACACGAGGAAUGAAACCGUCACAGACAUCAAUCGCUGGACGAUCAACUUCCCUAUUGACCCACACACAGCGCGUAAGCUUACCAGCCGUUCCGUCGCGACGUUCACGGUUCAGCUCGCUGGUGCGGAGACCACCGCCGGGAAUACGGACGCUGAUCAAGGAGCAUGGCCGGACUUCCCUUUCAAUGUAUACGUGAACAGCCAAACCGACCCACUCGUAUGGACCAUCCAGCAUUGGGAUAGCAGCAGCUGCGGGGCGCGAUCUGCCAUCUCUUGCCACCUGAUCUCCAACAAGUUUCAGUUCUCUGGGACCCUCCUCCAGGAGGGCGACAACAGUCUGGUGUUGGAGCUUCCUCACGCGGCUGCAGUGUAUGUUCAAUACGAUGCCCUGCGCCUCGAACUGCAAUAA